AUGGACAUCGAUGACAUCCUCGCCUCCGUCGAUCGCAACGAUGUCUCUUCCCCCGAGUCCGCAGCGCUUGACCACCAGUUGCUCACUCGCUUCUGGGUUGCCGAGCGCGGCGUCUCCGAGCUCUUACCCUGGCCAGCCACCCUAAUGGACCGCACGAUGGAAAGAGUGCGCAAUCAGAUCGAAUCAAUCGAAGACCUAGCCGCUUCCUCUUCCGUUCCCCUCCCAACAUCCAACUCAAACAACACCGCCAACAACCCAACCCUAAACCUCAAACUCUCAAUCCUUCAAACAGACCUCUCCAGAUCCCAAUACCUAAUCCGCUCCAUCCUCCGCCAACGCCUCUCAAAACUCACAAAACACUCCAUGCACUACCUCCUCCGCGUCUCCGCCUCCACUCCCUCCCAACAACAACCAGACCCCUCCCAACCCAACAAUACCCAACAACAACCCGAAGACUCCAUCCCAGACCUCACAGCUGUGACUGAUCCGUCUCCGCUCUCGCCCCAAGAACUGGCGUUCUUGCACGCGCAUCAGACGCUCCUGGCGGGGCAUUUUGGGGCCUCGUUUCUCAGUUCGUUUCCGCCGCAGUUGAGGCGUUUGGAUGAUAAUGCGGGGGGUACUAGUAUGGUGCAGGGGCCGGAUGGAAGGGAGGUGGUUUUUGUGAGGUGUCUUAGUGAGGGGGUUAGGGUGGUCGUGCCGCCUGGGGAUGGGGUGGAGGUUGAGACGGAGGGGACGGAGAUGCGGAUGGGCGAUGUUUGGGUUGUUAGGUGGGAGGGGGUUAGGGGUGCUUGGGAACGAGGGGAGGUGGAGGUACUUUGA